AUGGACCGGUUCAUGUCUGUCGAGGUUGUGCAGAUCGACAAGUUGCAGCUUUUGGCCACCGGGUCGCUUUUCAUCGCCGCCAAGUACGAGGAGGUGUUUUCGCCGCUGGUGAAAAACUACGCCUACUACACCGACGGCUCCUACACCGAGGACGAGAUUCUCCAGGCGGAAAAGUACAUCUUGACCAUCUUGGACUUUGACCUCAACUACCCGAACCCUAUGAACUUCUUGCGCCGCAUCUCCAAGGCCGACGACUACGACGUGCAGCUGCGUACCUUGGGCAAGUUUCUCUUGGAAAUCACCGUGGUGGACUAUCGUUUCAUCGGCAUGCUCCCGUCGCUUUGUUCUGCCGCCGCCAUGUACAUUGCCCGUCUAGCGUUGGGAAAAGAUCCCGUGUGGAACGGCAACCUAAUCCACUACUCGGGCGGCUACCGUGUUGAAGACAUGAAGGAGUGCAUCGAGCUCAUAGUCCAGUACCUUGUGUCGCCGGUGGAACACGACGAGUUUUUCAAAAAAUACGCCACGCGCAAGUUCAUGAAGGCCAGCAUCUUCUGCCGCAGCUGGGCCAAGAAGUUUGUUGCCGAGAAGAAGGACUUGUUUGACGAGCUGCUAUUAACCGAGAACGCCUCCAAGUGA